AUGGCACUGCAGCAUGGCAUGCCAAUGUACCUCUCUCCAAGUUUUGGACACUUCGGUUUCCACCUCCAGCCUCCACCCUCCGGCCUCAGCCCCAACCAGCAGGCAAAGCCCUCCUCUUCGGCCAAAAGGCCCGUCGGCCGGCCACCGGGCUCCAGGAACAAGCCAAAGCCCUCGAUGGUCAUCUCCCAGGACAACUACGACAUGAUGCCAGCAAUCAUCGAGGUCGGAGCUGGCAAGGACGUCAUGGAGGUGGUGGCCCAGCUUGCCCGCCUCCGAAACUCCAGCAUUAUGGUGGUGCAUGCGGCGGGCACUAUUUCCAACGUGACUCUUAGGAACCCUAAGGCCGAAGCCCCUUAUUCUUUCAUCGCCCAUGGACCCUUUGUUUUGUUGGGCCUCUCUGGCUCUUAUUUGAUACAAUCUUCUGGUGGCGUUGGCUUUCCUUCUUCUCAGCCAUCGUUCAUCCCAAAUCUAUCUUCCUCUGUGAUUCACCCCACCUUUACGAUCUCCAUCUCUAGCUUGCAGGGAGAAGAAUUUAGUGGGAUCGUUGCUGGGAAGGUCAUGGCUGGGAAUAAUGGGGUCACUAUUACGGCCAUGUUUGUCCAGAACCUUGAGUAUCAUAGUUUUAGUGUCGUUACUGAAGGCGAUAUUAUGGAAGAAGAUAUUGAUAACCCUCGUGGUAGUGGUGUUAGUGGUGCUCAUGAGGGUGCUAGUGGUUUUGAAGGCGGUGCUUGUGCUAGUGGUUUUGGCAUGCCUGGUUUUAUACAAAAUUGA